GCCUUAUCUUAAAGCCGGGAGCUACGAGCGGCUCCUUUUUAAGCGCAUGCGCUCUUGCCUCUCUCUCUCUUUUUCCGAGCUGCUGGGGUCCUGAGUACCUGGCCAGAGCUACUGAGUCGCGAUGUUGCAACUCCCCUUGCUUCGUGCAUUCCGGCCCCUCCAGAGAUGCAGUCAGCUGUUUCAGGUGGCUCUUCGGGCCCAGCAUGGAGAGGCAGCCAAAGCCCAGGCUGGAGAGGCCUCCAGAGGCUGGACAGGCCAGGAAAGCCUGUCAGACAGUGACCCUGAGAUGUGGGCACUCCUACAGAAGGAGAAGGAUAGACAGUGUCGGGGCCUAGAGCUCAUUGCCUCCGAGAACUUCUGUAGCCGAGCAGCCCUGGAGGCUUUGGGAUCCUGUCUAAACAACAAGUAUUCAGAGGGCUACCCUGGCAAGAGCUCUUUUUGCUUGCUGUUUCAUUCGAAGUACUAUGGGGGAGCAGAGGUGGUCGAUGAGAUUGAGCUGUUAUGCCAGCAACGUGCCUUGGAGGCCUUUGACCUUGACCCUGACAGAUGGGGAGUCAAUGUCCAGCCAUAUUCAGGGUCUCCAGCCAAUCUGGCUGCCUAUACAGCUGUCCUCCAGCCCCACGACAGGAUCAUGGGUCUGGAUCUGCCUGAUGGAGGCCACCUGACUCAUGGUUACAUGUCUAAUGUCAAGCGGAUCUCAGCCACAUCCAUCUUCUUUGAGUCAAUGCCAUAUAAACUGAAUCCUUCAACUGGCCUCAUUGACUACGACCAGCUGGCCGUCACUGCCCGGCUGUUCCGGCCACGGCUUAUCAUCGCGGGCACCAGUGCCUACGCUCGUCUCAUUGAUUAUGCCCGAAUGAGGGAGGUGUGUGACGAGGUCAAAGCCUAUCUGCUGGCUGACAUGGCACACAUCAGUGGCCUGGUGGCUGCCAAGGUCAUUCCUUCUCCUUUCGACCACGCAGAUAUCGUCACAACCACCACCCACAAGACCUUGCGUGGGGCCAGGUCAGGACUCAUUUUCUUUCGUAAAGGGGUACAGUCUGUGGACCCCAAAACUGGGCGAGAGAUCCCCUACACAUUUGAGGACCGAAUCAACUUUGCUGUGUUCCCCUCCCUGCAGGGCGGGCCCCAUAACCACGCCAUCGCAGCUGUGGCUGUGGCCCUCAAGCAGGCCAACACCCCAAUGUUCCGGGAGUACUGCCAGCAGGUCCUUCGGAAUGCUCGAGCCAUGGCGGAUGCACUUCUCCAGAAGGGCUACUCCUUGGUGUCUGGCGGCACUGACAAUCACUUAGUUCUCGUCGACCUUCGGCCCAAAGGGCUGGAUGGAGCUAGGGCCGAGCGAGUUCUAGAACUUGUGUCUAUCACUGCCAACAAGAACACCUGUCCAGGGGACCGGAGCGCCGUCACUCCAGGGGGACUCAGACUUGGAGCCCCGGCUCUAACAUCCCGGCACUUUCGAGAAGAUGACUUCCGGCGGGUUGUGAACUUUAUCGAUGAGGGUGUUCACAUUGGACUGGAUGUGAAGAACAAGACAGGGAAGCUCCAAGAUUUCAAAUCCUUUCUCCUGAAUGAUCCCGAAACAAGACAGCGCCUGGCCAGUCUCAGGCAAAGAGUGGAAGAUUUUGCCAGGACCUUUCCCAUGCCUGGCUUUGAGGAGCACUAAGAGGCCAUGCCAUGUCUCUGCUUCAAAGGACUGGAUGGUGCCUAUCCCUUCCUGCUAGGCAGAUAUGGGGAGAGGAAGGACCUCCUUACUCCUGUUUUUCUCUGGAGGGAGAAGAGAGCACUUGGUCCCAAGAGUGGACUUUCUCUCCAGCCCACUAAGUUUGUAGCUGAGUUUUCUAAUACUCUUUGAAAGUUUGGGAUAAGGUAGAUAUGAUGUAUCCUCUCACCUCCCUCUUUCCCCUAACUUAUAUUAGUUAAAAUCACCUUAUUCUAGGCUUCCCCUUGCUUUUCUACAGAGUUGGAAGAGGGGCAGACAAGCUGAUUGGAGGGGGGUGGGAGGGCUCAAAAAUAGACCUGCCUCUUUAAAAAAAAAUCCAAUAAAAAUGC